AUGGCAAAUAACAGUGGUUCUAAGGAGGGAAUGAACUACAGCUACUGGAAGGAGAGAAUGAAGAUCUUCGUUCAAUCAAUAGACUACAACAUCUGGAAGAUCAUCCUUAAUGGUCCCCAAGUUCCAACCAAAACUGGAGCAGAUGGAGCAGUCACUCUUAAGACUGAGGCAGAAUGGAACGAAAAAGAUAAAAAGAAAAUAGAGCUCAAUGCCAAAGCUGUCAACUUGCUUAAUUGUGCUAUCAGUUUCGAGGAGUUUCGAAGGGUAUCUACAUGUAAAAUAGCAAAGAAAAUCUGGGACAAGCUUCAAGUCACUCAUAAAGGCACUACACUAGUCAAGCGGACUAGAAUAGAUAUGCGGAGCAAAGAGUAUGAAAUAUUCUCCAUGAAAAAAGGAGAAACGAGUGAUGAAAUGUUCGAAAGAUUCAACGUCAUCAUCAAUAGCUUGGAUGUUAUGGGGAUCACUCACCCUGAACUUGUGCUAGUGAGAAAAGUUCUAAGAAGUCUCACUAAAGAGUGGAAAACAAAAGCUAUAGUUAUAGCUGAGAGUUGUGAUGUUGAUCAAAUGAUAUAUGAUGAUCUGAGAUGA